GUCGGAGGUGAACACUAGUGCAGCUGCGCGUCGGUGGGAGCUGGUAACCGCGGGCUCAAUUCGUUCUCUAGGGUUCCUUUCAAAAUGGACUCAACCCUAACAGCAAGUGAAAUCCGGCAGCGGUUCAUUGAUUUCUUCAAGAGAAAUGAGCACACGUAUGUCCACUCAUCUGCCACCAUUCCUCUAGAUGACCCCACGUUGCUCUUUGCCAAUGCUGGCAUGAACCAGUUUAAACCCAUCUUCCUGAACACCAUUGAUCCCUCACACCCAAUGGCAAAGCUGAGCAGAGCUGCUAAUACCCAGAAAUGCAUCCGAGCUGGUGGCAAGCACAAUGACCUUGAUGACGUGGGCAAGGAUGUCUACCACCACACCUUUUUUGAAAUGUUGGGCUCUUGGUCUUUUGGAGAUUAUUUUAAGGAAUUGGCCUGCAAGAUGGCACUGGAACUUCUCACCCAAGAGUUUGGGAUUCCAGUGGAAAGACUUUAUGUUACUUACUUUGGUGGCGAUGAAGCAGCUGGCUUAGAGCCAGACUUAGAGUGCAAACAGAUCUGGCAGAACCUGGGGCUUGAUGAAAACAAAAUCCUUCCUGGAAAUAUGAAGGACAACUUCUGGGAGAUGGGUGACACAGGCCCCUGCGGUCCUUGCAGUGAGAUCCACUACGACCGGAUUGGUGGCCGGGAUGCCGCCCACCUUGUCAACCAGGAUGAUCCCAACGUGCUGGAGAUCUGGAACCUUGUGUUCAUCCAGUAUAACAGGGAGGCUGAUGGCGUUCUGAAGCCACUUCCCAAGAAGAGCAUCGACACAGGAAUGGGUCUGGAACGGCUGGUGUCUGUGCUGCAGAACAAAAUGUCCAACUACGACACUGAUCUUUUCAUCCCUUACUUUGAAGCCAUUCAAAAGGGCACAGGGGCCCGGCCUUACACAGGGAAAGUUGGGGCUGACGAUGUUGACGGGAUCGACAUGGCCUAUCGGGUGCUGGCUGACCAUGCUCGGACCAUCACUGUGGCACUUGCAGAUGGCGGCCGGCCUGACAACACAGGGCGGGGGUAUGUGCUGAGACGGAUUCUCCGCCGGGCAGUUCGCUAUUCCCAUGAGAAACUCAAUGCCAGCAGGGGGUUCUUCGCCACCUUGGUAGAUGUGGUCGUCCAGUCUCUGGGAGAUGCUUUCCCUGAGCUAAAGAAGGACCCAGAUAUGGUCAAGGACAUCAUUAACGAAGAGGAAGUGCAAUUUCUCAAGACUCUCAGCAGAGGGCGGCGUAUCCUGGACCGGAAGAUUCAGAGUCUUGGAGACUGCAAGACCAUUCCCGGAGACACUGCUUGGCUUCUUUAUGACACUUAUGGGUUCCCAGUGGACCUCACGGGACUCAUUGCUGAGGAGAAAGGCAUGUUGGUAGAUAUGGAUGGCUUUGAAGAGGAGCGGAAACUGGCCCAGCUGAAAUCCCAGGGCAAGGGAGCUGGGGGAGAAGACCUCAUCAUGCUGGACAUUUACGCCAUCGAGGAGCUCCGGGAGAAAGGUCUCCAGGCAACAGAUGAUUCCCCAAAGUACAAUUACCACUCGGACUCCAGCGGUAGUUAUGAGUUUGAGAGCACCACGGCAACAGUGAUGGCUCUGCGCAGGGAUAAGAUGUUCGUGGAUGAAGUGUCCACAGGCCAAGAGUGUGGUGUGGUGCUAGACAAGACCUGCUUCUAUGCCGAGCAAGGAGGGCAGAUCUACGACGAAGGCUACCUGGUCAAGCUGGAUGACAGCAGUGAGGAUAAAACAGAGUUUACGGUGAAGAACACUCAGGUGCGAGGAGGGUAUGUGCUGCAUGUUGGAACCAUCUACGGCAGCCUGCGGGUGGGCGACCAUGUCCGGCUCUUUGUCGAUGAGCCCCGCCGGAGACCCGUCAUGAGCAACCACACAGCCACCCACAUACUCAACUUCGCCCUGCGCUCUGUGCUCGGGGAGGCCGACCAACGAGGAUCGCUGGUGGCACCCGACCGCCUGCGGUUUGACUUCACUGCCAAGGGAGCCAUGUCCACCGCACAGAUCAAGAAAGCCGAGGAGAUUGCUAAUGGGAUGAUUGAAGAUGCCAAGCCUGUCUACACCCAGGAUUGUCCUUUGGCAGCAGCAAAAGCCAUCCAGGGCCUGCGGGCUGUGUUUGAUGAAACUUACCCUGAUCCUGUGCGUGUUGUCUCCAUUGGGGUCCCCGUGGCCAAGUUGUUGGAUGACCCCUUGGGUCCUGCUGGCUCCCUCACUUCUGUGGAGUUCUGUGGAGGAACGCACCUGCAGAAUUCAAGUCACGCAGGCGCUUUUGUGAUUGUGAGUGAAGAGGCCAUUGCCAAGGGCAUCCGACGGAUAGUGGGUGUCACGGGUGCGGAAGCUCAGAAGGCCCUCCGGAAAGCAGAGAGCCUGAAGAAUUCUCUCUUGGACAUGGAGGCCAAAGUGAAGGCCCAGACUGCACCAAACAAGGAUGUGCAGAAGGAAAUUGCAGACCUUGGUGAGGCUCUGGCCACCGCCGUCAUCCCCCAGUGGCAGAAAGAUGAGUUCCGGGAAAGCCUCAAAGCCCUGAAGAAAGUCAUGGAUGACCUAGACCGUGCCAGCAAAGCUGAUGUCCAGAAGCGAGUGUUGGAGAAGACCAAGCAGCUCAUCGACAGCAAUCCCAACCAACCCCUGGUCAUCCUGGAGAUGGAGAGCGGCGCUUCAGCCAAGGCCUUGAAUGAAGCCCUGAAGCUCUUCAAGACACACUCCCCUCAGACAUCUGCAAUGCUCUUUACUGUGGAUAAUGAGGCUGGCAAGAUCACAUGCUUGUGUCAAGUCCCCCAGAAUGCAGCCAACCGGGGCCUGAAAGCCAGCGAGUGGGUACAGCAGGUGUCUGGCCUGAUGGAUGGCAAAGGUGGUGGCAAAGAUAUGUCCGCUCAGGCCACGGGCAAAAAUGUGGGCUGCCUGCAGGAGGCGCUGCAGUUGGCCACUUCUUUUGCCCAGCUCCGCCUAGGAGAAGUCAAGAACUGAGGGAAGGCAAGGGAAGUGCCUUGCCCUCACUCAGGUGCAUCCAUCCAGCCAAGACUGCUCCAUCCACAGAGACACUGGAAUCUUGGGACCUUUAAACUAACUCAUCUGCCUCCUCAUUCCCCAGUCCCCAAACCCAGAAGGAACUGGAGCUCACCUGGAAGCAGGCCUGUGACUUGCGCCCACUUUACAUUUCUACCCUGAGCCUUCCACAUCGGCCCCACCCAUCUAGAACCACUUCCCCAGAAUUGCUAUUUAUCAAUCUCACACUCAUCCCCAGUUCUGCAGAACCAAAGCUCUGGGGCUUUAGACGAGGGCCUUUGCUGCAGAGAAUUAAAGGACCAUGUGCAAUA